CCACGCGCGGCCCCGCCGCGGGGUGACCCCGGCCCCGCCUGGCCCCGGGCCCGCGGGCAAAUAUUUGCCUGGGGCCGGCCGGCCCCGCUCUCCAGCAGCCCGGGGACGCGGGGCCGCCGCCAUGCUGGCCGCGCUGGGGGUCCUGCUCGCCCUGGCCACGGCCCUGGGCUCAGGCCACCGCUCGCCCCUCAAUGACUUCCAGCGCCUGCGAGCCACCGAGCUGCUGGCAGCGCCCGCGGACCCACCGCCGCCGCCGCCGGAGCGGGGCUCUGCCGAGCAGUGUGCCCAGCGCUGUGCCGCCAGCCUGGUUUGCCGGGCUUUCCACCACGACCGGCAGAGCCAGCUGUGCCAGCUGCUGCCCUGGACCCAGCACUCGCCCCACGUUCAGCUGCAGAAAAACAUCCACUAUGACCUGUACCAGAAGAAAGACUACCUGCGGGACUGCAUCGUGGCCGACGGCUCCAGCUACCGCGGCACACGGGCCACCACAGAGAAGGGUCUGCGCUGCCAGCACUGGCAAGCCACAACACCCCAUGACCACAGGUUCCUGCCAUCCCCCCGCAACGGGCUGGAGGAGAAUUACUGCCGAAACCCCGACCGGGACAAGCGGGGCCCGUGGUGUUACACCGUCGACCCCAACAUACGGCACCAGAGCUGCGGCAUCAAGAAGUGCGAGGACGCCGUCUGCAUGACCUGCAACGGGGAGGAGUACCGCGGCGCCGUGGACCGCACCGAGUCGGGGACGGAGUGCCAGCGCUGGGACCUGCAGCACCCACACAAGCACCCCUACCACCCCGACAAGUAUCCCGACAAGGGGCUGGACGACAACUACUGCCGCAACCCCGACAGCUCCGAGCGGCCCUGGUGCUACACCACCGACCCAGCGCGGGAGCGCGAGUACUGCCGCAUCCGCCUCUGCACAGAGAAACGCCCGCGGCCCCUCAAUGUCACCACCGGCUGCUUCAGGGGCAAGGGUGAAGGCUACCGGGGCCAGGUGAACAUCACCGUGUCGGGGAUCCACUGCCAGCGCUGGGAUGCCCAGACCCCCCACCGACACCACUUUGUGCCCGAGAAGUACCCGUGCAAGGACCUGCAGGAGAACUACUGCCGCAACCCCGACGGCUCGGAGGCACCGUGGUGCUUCACCGCCCGCCCCACCAUCCGCGUCGCCUUCUGCUUCCACAUCCGCCGCUGCCCCGACGAGCUGGGUGCCCAAGAGUGCUACCACGGCCACGGCGAGCGCUACCACGGCCACGUCAGCAAGACACGCAAGGGCAUCACCUGCCAACCGUGGGCUGCCCAGGCGCCCCACGUGCCCCAGAUCUCGCCCAUCACCCACCCUGGGGCACACCUGGAGGAGAACUACUGCCGCAACCCCGAUAACGACAGCCACGGCCCCUGGUGCUACACCAUGGACCCCCGCACCCCCUUCGACUACUGCGCCAUCAAGCCCUGCUCUGGCAGCACGGUGCCUUCUAUCCUGGAGAGCACAGACGCGGUGGUGUUUGAGCAGUGCGGCCGGCGGGACGAGAGGCUGCAGUGGAAAGGGCGCAUCGUCGGUGGCCAGCCCGGCAACUCACCCUGGACCGUCAGCAUCCGCAACCGGGCCGGCGUGCACUUCUGCGGCGGGUCCCUGGUGAAGGAGCAGUGGGUGAUCAGCACACGCCAGUGCUUCUCCUCCUGUGACGCUGACCUGACGGGCUACGAGGUGCAGCUGGGAACGCUCUUCAAGGACCCCGGCCCCGGGGACCCCGACCAGCAGACCAUCCCCAUCGCGCGGAUCGUCUGCGGCCCCUCCGAGUCCCAGCUGGUGAUGCUGAAGCUGGCGAGGCCGGCCGCUCUGAACAGGCGCGUGGCCCUGAUCUGCCUGCCGCCCGAGCGCUACGUCGUGCCCGCCGGCACCGUCUGUGAGAUCGCCGGCUGGGGGGAAACCAGAGGCACGGCGGACGGCAGCGUGCUGAACGUGGCGCGGCUGCCCGUGCUGGCCCACGGCGAGUGCAACGCGGCGCUGCGCGGGCGCCUGAAGGAGAGCGAGCUGUGCACCGCCCCGCUGCGUGCCGGCGUGGGGGCCUGCGAGGGAGAUUACGGGGGGCCGCUGGCCUGCCUCACCGCCGACUGCUGGGUGCUGGAGGGGGUCAUCACCCCCUCCCGCGUCUGCGCCCGCACCGACCAGCCCGCCCUCUUCAUCCGCGUCUCCCUCUACGUCGACUGGAUCCACAAGGUGAUGAAGAUGGGCUGAGCCGGCUCAGCCCCAGCCCGGCACAGCCGCCACCGCGCAAUAAAGGCCCGGCCGCGGCUGCGGAGGUUGGCGCUGCA